ACUGCAAAAACAGUUCCGACGAUAACACCAUCGAGAGCGUCCAGUAUCAGCCGGCCGUCUCUGGAUUCUAAAGGCGAGCAUUCGAAUGGGAUAAAGAGCCCAACCCUCUCAACACAGGACAGCGGAGUUGUCAUGCAAGGACGGGGCGGGAGACAGCCAGAACACACUCAACAAAGAUGGGAGAAUAUGACCUCCAUACCUCCAUCUACUCAGGGAUCCUCCCCAACGGUGAAGGCCAAAUCUUCGUACAAAUCACGAAGCUCAAAAGAACAGACACCACCCAAGUCGCAGCCAACGGUCAUCUCUCACGAAUCUCAUCCGCUGCUCCGGCUUUUCAUGAAUCACAAGAGCGCAAGCGAAGAGGACGUGUCCGCAUCGUACCCCAUGCUCUCCUCACAGGGGCCCCAUCUGGUCUCAUCGCCCAUGACCCUCACUAUCCCUAAUCUGGAGGAGAUCACCAAUGCCAGGCUUGCCUCUCGGUCACCUGUUCCCAACCCGGAUGCCAACGCGAUGCUGGACCAAACCCAGUUAUCGGGACUAAAUCAACAGCACCAGCAUCAGCCUACGCCAGGGAUCCGACCGGUUGAGUCCGCACGGCUACCCUUCGGCUUCAACGUGGCAAAGCCCUUCAGGUUCGACAGAAGACCUUCGGCACCCGUCUUGAUGGGCUCUGCUCCUGGACCGGACUAUCCGUUUCACAACCACCAUGUACUCAACCGUGGAGCAGUCAGCAGCUCGCCAUUGAGCUCACCUAGAGCGGUGCCGCCGCCUCCACAAUCGUCUAUUUUGUCGAGUAUGCACAUAAAGCAGGGAACAUCCGACUCGGAUGGCUCCACAUCUUUGCCUCCCGCCAACAAGGGCAGUUUCAGCCACGAGAUCAUUAUUCCUAGUCAUCUGCUUACUCAACAACAGAAUGCACGGCCUAGCUCCACACCAGCUUCGCCCGCCAUUCCGCCAACCGCUGUCGUGGCUUCGGCCUCAAAUUCAACAAGCGGUUCAAUCGCAGUUGCAAACACUUCGCUGGGCUCUUCGAAAGAUCUAGCUCGACUCACAGGGCAGAGACGGCCAUCGCCCACGAUACCGUCAUCAAUGGUGGGACUAUCGCAGCAGCAAUCGCAACAACAGCAACAACAGAACCGCGUCCUCAAUGACUCGCGGAGCAAUUUACCCCCAGCGAUUCCCCACCGCAAGGCCAGUCUGGACUUCUCGCAGACGGAGCGUUACUCCCAUCUACGUCCCAGCUUGCCGAUGCGGCCACCCAGUGCAGCGGCGGUACGGAGCUCGACUUUCCAUGGCUUGGAAUCUGGAUCUGGGAUGGGCAGUGCACACAGUAGUGAAAGCGCCAGCUCGGCGUCCGGCAUGUCCUAUACGGGAUCGAUUGCAGGAAUCUCAUCCGGUAUUGCUGCAUUGAGCAUGCAACCCAUCAACAUUAGUGAAGAAAAAUUACCGCCUUUCGGUCAUUCUCCCGCCCACCUGAGAAUGAUUAACGCCUUGCCCGAUAGCGCAUUCUCGGCUGCCCAUGAUCAACAUCGCGGUAGUAUUACCUCGAGCGACAAGGAUGGGCUCUCACCCGGUUCGAAUAUCAACAGCGAUCCGACAUUCGGUCAACUGAGCAACCCAGCUCUAACCAAUCAUGCUAUCUCAUUAUCUUCUUCGUCCACGUCUUCUGUAUCAUCCGCGUCUGUAUCAACCCCUGCUGCAGCCACUGGAGGCUUCACAACAGCGGGAUCUGGAUCAGGCCCUGGGGUUGUGAUGGCACGACCUGGUUUACGGACAGUUGGCUCGAGCGAAAACUUUGCAAGAAGAAUACGCUCUGCCAGCAUGUUGAGACGGAAUGAGGAGCAGGAGGGAAUCUCGAAAAGUAGCUUUCAGUCGAGUCGUCCACCACAUGUACUGGGCUCUUUCUCCGCACAACAGGCACAGCAGCCAACUUUGCCACAGGCCCAUUUCCAUCAGCAUCCAGCGUAUUAUCAACAACAGUACUCUUAUGCACACGAGUCAAACUCGGCAGAUAUCCACCGGUACAGACGCGCCAGCUCGCCGCGUCGACGUAGUAUCAGCAUGACAAAUCUGAACGGUGGACUCUCGGUCAUCAUGAUUCCUCCGAAAAAGGUUCGUGGACCGGUCAAAUUGACACUAUCCCGGGGGCCGAGAUAAGAUCAUGAUCUAUUGGCUUACUGACGACUGUUCUUUUCAUACCCUAUGCUUGUAUACAUUCAUACAU